AUGACUGUUUCACAGUUCGAGAAACUGUUAAAUUUAGUAAAAGGGCCUUUGACGAAAAAAAGUAUUCGUGAGCCUCUGUCAGCAGAACAUCGCUUAUGUAUUACCUUGUACUAUCUUGCUCAUGGUUGCAGUAUGCAAACUGUUGCAUGGAAUUUCUACGUGUCUAAAUCAACCGUAAGCAAAGUUAUUCGUAAAACUUGUAAAAUUAUAUGGAACGAAUUAUCGCCGAUAUACAUAUCACGACCUACUACAGAAGAUUUGAAACAGUACGCAAAAGAUUUUGGAGAUUUAUGGGACAUGCCAAAUUGCUUUGGUGCGGUUUAUGGAAAGCACAUUGUCGUACAAGCGCCUUACAAUAGUGGUACCAAUUUUUUUAAUUACAAAAAAACAUUCAGUAUCAUACUAAUGGCAGUUUGCAACGCCAAGUACAUUUUUACUUUGGUUGAUGUUGGUGCUUUUGGCUCACAAAGCGAUGGAAGGGUCUUCAAAGAAUCAGCUUUCGGAGUAGCUCUUAAUAAAAAUGAACUGGGAAUAUCAGAAGACACUUGCUUAUCUGAAACUGACACAAAGUUUCCAUAUUAUUUGGUUAUGGAUGAAGCAUUUCCUUUGAAAAGAUAUAUUAUGCGACCGUAUCCUGGAUGUAAUUUAAAUAAUAGGCAGAAAAUUUUCAAUUAUCGUCUGUCUCGAGCACGUCGUACCAUUGAAAAUUCUUUUGGAAUUCUUGCUAGUCGUUGGCGAAUCUUCCGAACAACAAUCAUCGCAAAUGUUAAAACGGCUGAAUGGACUGUGUGUGCUGCACUAUGUCUGCAUAACUACCUCCGGAUAUCAGAAUUAGAUGACAGAUUGGAAAAUGCGACUUAUUGUCCUACUAAUUAUGCCGAUACAUGGGACAAUGAUGGAAAUGUAGUUCCUAGAAGUUGGAGACAAGUCGAUGUGAACGUCACUUUACGUAACAUGGGAAGAAUGGGAGCUAAUAAUGCAACUUGCCAAAAUAUCACCUUGCGUGAUACUCUUGCUGUCAUGCAAAAGUUGUAUGAAACAUCAUCCGCCUUGUCGACAGAUUUGCACAAUCCUUUGACACUUUGCAAGGCUUUGGAAACUACUUGA